CCUCCCUCCCUCUCUCUCUCCCUCCCUCUCUCGACCACUCGGCUGCUCGCUGCCUCUCUCUCCACCUGUUCCUGCGGACCCCGAGCUGACGUCCACCUGUUUGUGCUGGAAUCUGCUGCACUCACACACUCAGAGACUCUAUGACGGUGCGGAGAGGAAAGAAGCUCAGCAUCUCCAUCCAGGAACACAUGGCCAUCGACGUCUGCCCCGGCCCCAUCAGACCCAUCCGUCAGAUCUCCGCCUACUUCCCCCGCCUGUCCCCCACUUCCCCUGGCCCCCUGUCCCCCAACCCGGCCGUGUCCCCUCAGGCCGUCAGCCCUGGUUCUGUGGCCUCCGGGAUGGGCGGAGCUCACCUCUUGUCUCCUCUGCUGGCCCACGGCCGGCCCGGCGGCGGCGGUUCUCUGUCCCUGACCAGCAGCGUGGACACGUCGGUGGAGAUCAACAGCUCCGACAGUGAUGACUGCACUGCUCUGGGGACGCUGGAGUUCGAGCUGAGAUACGAGCAGCGCUCCAGCGAGCUGCACUGCACCGUGCUGCGGGCCAAGGGUCUGAAGCCGAUGGACUUUAACGGUUUGGCCGACCCGUACGUCAAACUGCACCUGCUGCCUGGAGCCUGUAAGGCCAAUAAGCUGAAGACGAAGACGAUCCGUAACUCUCUGAAUCCGGUGUGGAAUGAAACGCUCACUUACGUUGGGAUCACGGAGGAGGACAUGCACAGGAAGACACUCAGGUUGACGGUGUGUGACGAGGAUAAGUUGACUCAUAAUGAGUUAAUCGGGGAGUCUCGAGUUCCUCUCAAACGCGUCAAACCUGACCAGACGAAACAUUUCCACACCUGCCUGGAGCACCCGCCGCCGCUGCCCUCUCCUACUGCCAUGGGAGAAGCCCUGCGAGGGAUAUCCUGCUACUUAAGAGAGUGGGAGAACGAGCAGCUGCACAGUCUGGAGGAGAGAGGACGCCUCCUGCUCUCCCUGCAGUUUCUGCCUCCAGUCGGUUUGGACCAACAAGACGUGGAGGGAGGAGGAGGAGCAGGAGGAGGAGGAGGAGGAGGAGGAGGUGAAGGGCGGCGCAGCGGAGGUCUCUGUGUGGGCGUGAAGCGUUGCGCCCACCUGGCAGCCAUGGACGUCAACGGAUUCUCUGACCCCUACGUGAAAAUAUAUCUGAAGCCCGACAUAGAGAAGAAGUCCAAGCACAAAACAGCAGUGAUGAAAAAGACCCUCAACCCUGAAUUCAACGAGGAGUUCUUCUAUGAGAUCUCCCUGUCGGAGCUCACCAACAAGACUCUGGAGGUGACGGUGUGGGACUACGACCUCGGACGCUCCAAUGACUUCAUAGGUGGCGUCUGUCUGAGCUGUCACUCGCAGGGCGACGCCCUCCGCCACUGGAUGGACUGCCUGAAGAACAAAGGCAUGAGGGUGGAGCGGUGGCACAUCCUGUCCAACGAGCUGCCACGAACCCUCGGCCACGACUAAACCUGCCGCGGCAGCAUCAUCGGUGCAUGCAGCCGGUGGCUGUGGAGGAUCACACGGUCCUCUGGGUACUUUAUGGGACGGACUGGAGAAACUUCACCACGGGAAGCCGCAGUAAUUGAAAGGGAAAGUGUAUUAUAAUAAGAACCACCAUGACGGCUGGAGAGCAAGGUGGAGCUGGAGCAGCACGGUGGUGUGCCUUCAUUAUCGAUCAUCCACAAGAAGAAGCUCGUUGGCUCCAUCAACACUCUGAACGUCACACCUGCCCUCAGCAUGAAGUUCAACCACAUCAGGGUCAGACCGACACACUCGACCUCUGAGCUGCUCAGUCGACGCCUCAGAGGAGGAAGUCGGACUUUAAGUGCAUGUUUCUUCUCUACUGCAGAUUGUAAAUCAAACGUCCUGUGAUCUCUCUGGAAGAAAAAUCAGUUUUGGUGUGUUUGAUGCCGCCUGUUUGUGCAUGUUCCCGUCAGAACUGCAGUUUAUUCUGUCCACAUCUGAUUGUCCAACAUCGAAUCAUCAUGAAGCACACCAUCACUAGGAAUAUCACUCCGCCUUCUCCAGGUGUAGCCUCAGAUUUACAGGGAACAUAGAAAAGACGGAGCCGUUCAGUUCUGCCUCCGAUCAAAGUAUUACAGACAAAAAUACCUAAAAACCAUUUUCCCCACAGACCUCCGUUAUAAAAGAGACAAGACCUGCAGACGAAGUCCUUGGUGACUCUUUAUAUGAUGAGUUUUUGAUUCACGCAGGUUUUAUAUUUGUAAAACGUCACUCAAGCUGAGAAAAGUGACUUAAGAAUCUGUGCAGUGAUUCUUUGGAGGAAGUUAACACUGAAAUCAGAAACCUCUUCUUGGUUCUAGGCGAGAGGUUCUCAUCGGUUCUGUUGGGCUCCGUCUUUGCCUCUGGUUCUUCUUUACAUCUGCGAGUGUAACCUGUAAUUACUGUUGUUCCAGGAACGUCAUUUCAACUUAAAGACCAUAAAGAUUCACUUUGAACAAGCUGUCAUGGCUGAACAUCCUCCAUUUUGUUCUUCUUCUCACCAGCGACCAUCUUUACCAACCAGCACUCACAGAUUCACCAGCUGCUGUUAGCUAGCUAGUAACGCUAACAUUAGCUCCAUGAUGUCCUCAAAGAGAAUAGUCUCUCGACUGUUUCAUGUUUUCAACUGAGUCGUUUUAAAAUGUGAACCUUGAAACAUAUUUCGUCCUGAUGGCUGCAUGUUUGAUGUCAUGCUAAUGGGCUCCUAAUGAGGCUAACGCUAACAGGUCGCAGGUAAAAAGUGGGAUUCAGUGGCUACUUGUUCACUGAUUUCCAAAAUGACUUUUCACUUUAACUGAUUUAAUGCUAGCUCAGUUAGCAUUGGCUCGGCUUACCGGAGGACCUGUAACCUCAGUAACUGACUUAGUCUUGUUCUCCUCGGCCUCUGCAGUCACACUCAUUUACUGCAGUUGGUAAAAGAUAAUCUUGCAAAUUUCCCCGUUGUGGGAAUAUUGAAGGAUUACUUUAUCUGACAUGCUAACUGGACAUGCUAACUGGACAUGCUAACUGGAAUGCUAACGAUCACAUCAGAGCACAUGACUUCUUUGUUUAAAACAUCAUUUAAAACUUUUUUUCUCUGUACAAACAGUUUUUUGUUUUAAGGUGUAGUCUCCUCCCUUCACACUGCUGUUCCUGGUUACGGUUGCUUAGCUACGAUUGGACAAUCGCUGUUUGGUGGGCGGGGCUUAGUGAGCAUCUGAUCAGCAGCUUCCAUUAAAAACUGUACAGCCGCCGCGUUUCACCCUGAAACAGCCGGACUCGUUCACCUGUGACAGAUCUGAUCUCUUGCACUUCUUAAUACGACUGUGAAAACCUGCAUCCUUCUGUGGCCAUGAUGAUGAUGAUGAUGAUGAUGAUGAUGAUGAUGAUGAUGAUGAUGAUUUCAAUACAAGUGUUCUUCCUCUCUGUUGCAUGAUGCAAUAUGUUGAUAUACUUCUUUAUAUCUCUAUACUCUGCCUGUUUUCUAACUCAAAGUGUUGAGGUGAGACAUGAUGAGACCUUCAGGUACGUCCGUUGUUUACAGUGUUCUUCUUCCUCUCUUCUGCACGACUGAAUGUACGACUGUGUCUUUCUAUACGAUAUCGUCGACCUGUUGUUUACACUGCUCUCGUGCUUUACAGGUGUUUCUAUCAGGUGUUUUAUGUACGAUGAUGCAACAAUAAAUUUGGAAUGCAACACGGA